UCUAUACACCGGCUACCUAGCUGCUUAUCUUGGUUAACCUCGCUCGCCCUUGUCUUCGUUAAUCCGAACAACCUCACGCAUAACGAUACCAUUGGUCGGUCGACCGUCGCGGACACCCACUCACAGGAUGAACCGCGGUCCCUCAGCGGCGCGAGAGAGGCACCUACCGAUGCUGCGAGCAGCAGCCUUGAUGACCCCCGCGAGGGAUCUCCCCGCAGCGAGACUCCCGCACCAGGAGUCUCUCAGGAGGGUCACAACCCAUCCUCGCAGGCUACCCAAGCCGCCGACACGGGCCCACACCCGUUGCCGCCACUGCCCCAGGCAGCAGGAGGACCCCCAGUCCACCCUCAACCGGCGAACCCUCGUCCGCCGCGAGGCGCGAGACGCACACGAGCCAGUCUCCAGAUAGUGACACAGAACAUCCGCGGCAGAAGAAGCGCGUCGGACAGGGUGGACAAGCUCGCUGACUUUCACCUGCGUAUCAAGGAACAUGGCUUCGCAGUAUCAAUGAUUCAAGAAGCACAUACUUCAGUCGAAGACGCGGCCACUCUAGAACAAAACUUUCAACGAAUCAAAGCCUUCGCGUCACCCAUACCAAACCACAAAUCCUCACACGGUGGCAUCCUCUUCCUGGUAAACACGGAAAAGGUAUCACCAAAGGAUCUUCAACACACGGUCAUCAUCCCAGGACGCGCAGCGCUACUAACAAUCAAAUGGCAAGCGGGCAACACCCUAACCCUCCUCAAUGUUUAUGCUCCUGCCACCUCCGACCAAGAACGGAAAGAUUUCUUCAAGGACAUAGCACACUUCUACGACCUGCACCCCGGAACGCGCCACCCGGACUUCAUGGGUGGUGACUUUAACAUGGUCGACGAAGGCCUCGAUAAAUCCGGAAAUGACGACUCGUCAGCAAGUGUAGUCGAAGCGCUACUUGCACUCCGAACGCGUUUCAAUCUACAAGACUCCUUCCAAGCGAUAAACCCCGAUAAAAGAGUACACUCAUGGCGGCGAGCAGACGGUACCUGGUCGUGCAUAGACCAAAUAUACAUAGCGGCGUACCUGAUCCCAUACAUGUUGGAUGCCAACAUAGAAAACAUAGGCGUCGACUCAGACCAUUUGACCGUGUCAACGACUGUAGAAUCGAAGGAUGCGCCCUACAUUGGCAAAGGGAACUGGGUGUUCCUGAAAAACCUGCUGAAAAGCAAAACCCUGAACGAGAAGCUAGAUGUACUAUUCGUAGAAACCGGUCAAACCCUGGCACAAAUGGAAGAGCGAUCCGAAGAAGCUAACCCACAACUUCUGCUACACGCCUUCAAACAGAAAGUCCAAAAGAUCACGCGCGAACACGAUAAGGUAGCCCAACCGACCAAACUCGCAACACCACUGAAGUCCGCACGAGAACAAAGAGAUCGCACCCUACGCAGAGAGGGUCCGCAAGUGGACACCAUUACGGGGCAUUUAUGCAAUAAAAACCCGUUUAUUAUCUACCCGGGUCGUGCGUGUGGGCUCAAUUUCAGGCACAGAACCGAUUUCGGCCGCAUUUGGGUUAAUUAA